AUGCUGCAGGUGGAUGACUUUACUUAUGAAAUCAAACCACUAGAGGCUUCUUCCAAAUUUGAGCAUGUAGUUUCUCGGCUUGUAUCACAAUAUAUAUCAGAGGAAGAUGAAAGGUGUGACUCUCCAGAGGACAAUGCAAAUCAAAUACUUGAAGAAGUAAAGCUCGCUGAAAGUCCAAGGGCAGUCCCUGUCUAUUUGUGGCGGAUACAUAGAAAACAGGCAAAUCUUCACUACACGAUAAGUAACUCACUCUGGCUUUUGGAGAAAAAUCAAACUCGAAUUGUAGAGAGUAUAUUCAUUAUAAACAGCAUAAUACACAGCAUUUAUAGACCAAUGGGCUUAAAUAUGCUCAUACGAGUUUUGUGCAUAUGGAAUGUGGAGGAUCAAGUGUCAUUAAAAGCAAGGCAUGCUUCAGUAGCGGUAUAUCGGUUUGGUUUAUUCAAACAACAUGUAUGGUUUAAGAGGAUUCCUCAUUCUACUUCAGUGCUUCUUACAGGACAUAAAAUAGGACCAGGCACUUAUUAUUCUAACACUGGGGGUAUGUGCAACCCCAACUGGGGAGCAUCGUAUCUAUAUCUGUCAAGGUAUCACUUAUUUCUGGGUUCAACAAUAAUAGCACAUGCAUUAGGUCACAACCUAGCAAUGCCUCAUGACUACGACGGUUGUGUCUGUUUUCGAAGAACCUAUUGUCUUAUGGCUGACGUGGCUGGUCUUUAUGACAUACCCAGCAAUUGUUCUUUUGAAAUACUACACAGUAAGCUUCAUAAUUGGGAUCCUUGCUUGAGUGACAUUUAUCCUCCAUACGAUAAUUUUCCUUAUGUAGUUCCUCGUUGUGGAGACAAGAUAAGAAAUAACCAAGAGGAGUGUGACUGUGGGUCUCUUAAAGAAUGUGCCUUGAGUAAGUGUUGUGAAACCACCUGUCUUUUAACUGUUGGCGGUUUGUGUGAUGAGGGCGUUUGCUGCCACAAUUGUAAAUAUGCUCCUCUUGGAACUGUAUGCAGAGACCCGCUUGGUAUUUGUGAUCUGCCAGAAUACUGUGAUGGGAAAGGGGAAAGAUGCCCCGAAGACUUCUAUAUUCAAGAUGGAACCCCAUGUUCACCAGUAGCUGUUUGUAUGAGAGGAAAUUGCAGUGACCGGGAUUUGCAGUGUCAAGCUCUGUUUGGACACAAAGUAACAGAUGCCCCGAAAGCCUGCUAUGAGAAACUGAACAUAAUAGGUGACCGAUUCGGAAACUGUGGACUUAGGAAACUGCGACAGGGAAGUGCACCUAGUAAAUGUGAAGCUGAUGAUGUUCUUUGUGGAAUAUUGCACUGUAACAGUCCUAAAGCAGUUCCAGGGGGAGCGUGCUUUGAGAGAGCGGCGGGGCACAGUAACCGCCAUCGCCAACUCCCGGCAUUCCCAGCGCCGCCGCCCGCGGCUUCCUUUUCCGGUCCGCGGGCUGCGGAAGCUGAAAGGGCUGUGAUUAGCCUGUGGCUCCGGGGGCUGAUUCACCUUCACCUGUGCAGAGCCCCGGGCCGUCCACAGAAGCAGCCAGGCGAGCAAUAA